UAGCGAGAGAAACAGAGAGUCGACCACACGAAGAGAGACCAGCCGGAAGCUGACCGAAGCGACAACGUAGGACAGGGACCGAAACUCGCAGCAUCCGCGCUCUGCUACCUCGAAACCCCGACCCUCAUCCCCCCCCAUCCCCAUUCCUCGAAUCCCAGCUGCCCCUGGAAACCAUCAGUCUCCCAGUCUCAGCCAUGAGGUUCCCACAGACGCCCGCUGCCGCCCUCUUCUUCUGCCUCUUGCUACAGAUGAACGGUCUUCAAGCAGCGCCUCCGGGGCGCCCAGAUCAGUCGCUGUCGCCUCUCAUAUCUGAACACGAAAACUUGGCAGCUGGAGGAGGGAAGCCAGGGGAAAGAGAGAGCCUAGAUCCAGAGAUAAGGGAGGAGAGAAGCCCAGAACAAGAGCCUGAGGAAGACGAAGAUCUAUUCCAGGGGGUAGAUCCACGGGCGCUGGCCGCGGUCCUGUUACAGGCGCUAGAUCAUCCUGCCUCGCCCCCGGCUCCAGGGAUCUUGCAGCAGCAGCAGCAGCAGCAACCGCCACCGCCGCAGCAGCAACAGCAGCAGCAGAAAGGAGAGGCUUUGCUAACAGAAACUGUGCGUAGCCAGACCCACAGCCGCCCGGCCCCAGACACAGGGGUACCCCCAACGCUUUCCCGUAUCCCAGAGGAGCGUAGCUCGGAGGGUUCCGAUCCUUCCGAGGAACUAGAGGCACUUGAAUCCCUGCUCCAGGAACUACGCGCUUUCAGUCCAGCGAAUGCUAAGAGAGAGCCAGAGGCUGCUGCAGCUGAGGCGGAAACGCAUACCCAUACAUUGACCCGGGUCAACUUGGAGAGUCCCGGACCUGAGCGUGUAUGGAGGGCCUCCUGGGGAGAGUUCCAGGCGCGUGUCCCUCCCCCACCCCCAUUUCCUCGGCGGUUCCAGGAGCAAUUGCCUGAGGGCGUAUCCCUUCCUGAGGUGCGCCAGGGUGAGAGCGAGCCUACUCUAAAAACACACGGCGAGAGCCUAGCACCUCUCUACAAGGCGCGCCAGAUCGAGAGUGCCCCUUUCUCCAAAACGCACCGCCCAGAAAGCGCAGCCAUGAGUAGGCUUGCAGCUGGAGGGCGCCUCCUGCAGCGGGGGCUGGCCCAGGUAGAGGCAGGUAGGCGGCAGGCUGAGGCUACGAGGCAGGCGGCAGCCCAAGAGGAAAGAUUGGCUGAUCUAGCCUCUGACUUGCUGCUCCAAUACCUGCUACAAGGCGGCGGCGGCCUGGAGCGAGGUGUAGGGGACCGGGGACUUCAGGGGGAAGAGGAGGAGGAGAGAGAAAGGGAGAGGGAGGAGGAAGAAGAGGGAGUGAUCCGAGGCGGGGAGGAGGAGGACGAGCAGGGGGAUGAGGAAGACGCUGAGGCAGAGGCUGAGGAGGUUGAGAGGGGGCGGCAGAAUGCAUUGCUAUUCGCGGAAGAGGAGGAAGGGGAAGCUGGGGCUGAGGACAAGCGCUCCCAAGAGGAGACACCAGGUCAAAAGCGAAAGGGGCAGGUGGAAGGAGAAGGAGAAGAAGAUGAGGAAGAGAUGGACCCGCAGACUAUCGACAGCCUAAUUGAGCUGUCUACUAAACUGCACCUGCCAGCCGACGACGUAGUCAGCAUCAUUGAGGAGGUGGAGGAGAAGCGUAAGCGGAAGAAGAAUGCCCCUCCUGAGCCCCUACCUCCUCCUCGGGCCCCCCCCGCGCCUACUCACUUUCGCUCCCCAAGGCCCCCCCCACCACCAUCUUUCCCUGCCCAAGAUGAGCUGCAGGAUUGGAAUGAGGUGCUCCCACCCUGGGACAGAGAUGAAGUGUUCCCCCCAGAGCCCAACUACCCCUUUCCUAACUACAUCCAGCCCCGUACACUCCUCCCACCUCUCUCUUCCCCGACCCGCCGCCACCACUACCACGCACAGCCCUCAGAGGGGUCGCAGUACCACUUCGGCCUUAGCCCACAAGGGCGGCGGGGCGAGGAGGAAGAAGAGAGGCAGCAGCAGGAGGAGGAGGAGCUGGAGAAUUAUAUUGAGCACGUGCUGCUCAGACGCCCCAGCUUGUUCCCCUGACUCCGCUUUCCCAUUCGUGACGGUCCCCUCUCUUCCCCUGUGCAAACUUCCCUAAGCCCCCGUGUUGCUCUUUAGUGUUCUGCAUGCGGUCCCUGACCUUUUUUGCGGGGUGGGCAUAGUCCCACCCCUCGUCUCAGCCAACCUGGCCCCACCCGCUACUCUAAGCCCCGCCCCCUUCCCUUUAACCAUCUUCAGUGAGAGACGAGUACCCCACAUUCGUGGUAGGGUAUCAGAUCGGUGGGGGUGGAAGUUGAGGAGAAAAUUCCAAUCUGUCCGAAGCGGAAAGGAAGGAGCACUAGUGCGGAAACUCAAGAGGAUAGAAAACUCCCGUGUCCUACUAACUCCACCCACAAGUGAUACAGCGAAGGAGCAGCUGAAACCGGACUGUACAGAUUUGUUCCACACUCGUCUCCCCCACGGGGCCCCGUUCCCUUACCCUAAGCCACCCUAUCCCUCUUCCGAUUUCCCCAUCGAUGAACAAUAAUAAUAAAAAGCAAAAAGCAAACAAACAAAAACCAUACCAGUUGUGUAGAAGCCGCCUGUGAAUCGAAGCCCUCCCCGACCCCAGGGUUUUCCUAGGACCCUGAUCACUCCCCAAACUGAGACAACUCAACCCCUUCUUUCCCUUCUCUGUUGUAAAUACCCCUCACGGGGAAAAUAGUUUUGCUA